GGAAGAAGGCUGUAGGUUGCAGAUGGAUUUACAAGACCAAGUUUCACUCUGAUGGCACGGUGGAGAGACAUAAAGCUCGUUUAGUGGCUCGUGGUUUUACUCAAACAUAUGGGGUAGAUUACAAGGAAACCUUUGCUCCUGUUGCUAAAAUGAAUACAGUAAGAGUUUUGUUAUCAGUUGCAACUAAUCAUGCAUGGCCUCUCUACCAAAUGGAUGUCAAAAAUGCUUUCUUACAUGGUGAUCUUGAAGAGGAAGUCUAUAUGAGGUUACCUCCCGGUCAUUCUCAAUCUCAUGAUCCUGAUAUAGUGUGCAAGCUUCACAAAGCCAUCUAUAGCUUAAAACAAUCUCCACGUGCAUGGUAUGCCAAACUUAGUUCAGUACUUGAAGAAGUCGGUUUUCACAGAAGCAAUGCAGAUUCUUCAUUGUUCAUUCGCAUUGGCUCAACCAGUAAACUUCUGGUGCUUAUCUAUGUUGAUGAUUUAAUCGUAACAGGUGACAACGCUGAAGAGAUUGAGUUGCUUAAACAAUCGCUUCGAAAUAGGUUUGCUAUCAAAGAUUUGGGGAUUCUUAAAUAUUUUCUUGGUAUCGAAAUGGCUACUUCUCAUAAAGGUCUCUUUCUUAACCAAAGAAAGUAUGUUCUUGAUUUGCUGCAAGAUGCAGAUAUGAAGGAUUGCAAACCAGCCCGCACUCCCCUUGAUAGUAAGCUGCAAUUUGAUGCAUCAAGUGAGUCUCCCUGUAAUCUAGCUGCCUAUCAAAGAUUAGUUGGUAAGCUUAUUUAUCUCACGAUCACUAGACCUGACAUUGCUUACGCUGUAAGCAUUGUCAGCCAAUUCAUGCAUGCUCCAACUUUGGCUCAUCUUCACAUUGUAAAGAGAAUCCUUCGUUAUCUCAAAGGUUCCGUUGGUAGAGGCAUUUUGAUGAAAAACAAUGGAGACACUCACAUAAUGGGAUACACUGAUGCUGAUUGGGCAGACAACUCCCUUGAUCGUAAAUCCACUACUGGCUUCUGCACAUUUGUUGGUGGUAACCUGGUUACUUGGAAGAGCAAGAAGCAAACUGUUGUUGCUCGUUCUAGUGCAGAAGCUGAAUACCGAGCUAUGGCCUCCACUGCUUGUGAGCUUAUUUGGCUAAAAGGUCUCCUCUCUGAUUUGGGGUUCCCUACUAGUCAACCAAUGUCCCUUUUCUGUGACAAUCAAGCUGCAAUGCACAUUGCUUCUAAUCCAGUCUUUCAUGAAAGAACCAAGCACAUCGAGGUUGAUUGCCAUUAUAUUCGAGCUCAAGUUCAAUCCAAAAUUAUUGAUACUCAUUACACUCGAAGUCAUGACCAGCUGGCUGAUAUUUUCACCAAAUCUCUCUCCACUGCUCAGUUCCAUCGAAUUCUUGGCAAGCUUGGCUCAAUGAACCUCCUUGAUCCAGCUUGAGGGGGAGUAUUGGAAUAUAUCACAUGCUGUCUACUUUGUUGUCCACCUUCCUGUACAUAGAUGCCUUCCACUUUGCUGCAAUCUGCUUUCAUCAUUAACCAACCACUACAACUUUUACUUUUGAUUUUCCUUUUUGCUUUCACUUUCCUUUUCUUUCCUUGUUUGCUGCCUUGUUUGCCGAUAUAUAGGCAGUGCACUUCAUGCACAUACCAUGCAGCACAUCACAUGCAAGUAGAAGCAAAGUCAUAGGUGUGAACACAUGAAAAGCAAAGCCAUGCUUUUCCCUUUCAUCAUUAAGCUCUUUCGUCUUCUUUAUAUAGUUUUAGCUUGUAAUAUGCUUUCCUUACGAUGUAAUACUAGAAAACCUUUCA